AGACGCAGCGAUGGAGUUUUCCUCUGUGUUUGUCUCCGCUGUUUUGGUCUGUGUUGUCAGUGCUGGGAUCCCUCAUGAUGGAAUACACUGGACAUACACAGAGGGAGCGUUGGAUCAGAUGCACUGGCCAACCAAGUACCCUUCAUGUGGCGGUAAGAAGCAGUCCCCAAUCGACAUCCAGCGGCGCAAUGUGAGACACAACCCCGAUAUGUUGCAGCUGGAGCUCAAGGGAUAUGAUGCCCAGAGAGGGAAUUUCCUCAUGUCCAAUAACGGACACUCCGUUCAAAUCGACCUGCCUCCCACUAUGAUCAUCAGCAAGGGACUCCCAGGAAAGUACACAGCUGUCCAGAUGCACUUGCACUGGGGCGGAUGGGACCUGGAGGCCAGUGGAGCAGAGCACACCAUCGAUGGCAUCCGUUACAUGGCAGAGCUCCAUGUUGUCCAUUACAAUUCCGACAAGUACGCAAGCUUCACUGAAGCCAGAGAUAAGCCAGAUGGGCUGGCAGUACUUGCCUUUUUCUAUGAUGACGGGCAUUUUGAGAACACCUACUACAGUGAUUUCAUCUCCACCCUGGACAAAAUCAAGUAUGCAGGUCAGUCCAUGAACAUAUCAAACAUCGACGUGCGCUCCAUGCUCCCUGAGAACCUCAACCAUUUCUUCAGGUACCAGGGCUCCCUCACUACCCCACCCUGCUACGAGAGCAUCCUGUGGACUGUGUUUGAUACGCCCAUCACUCUCUCACAUAAUCAGAUCAGGAAACUGGAGAGUACUCUGAUGGAUAUUUACAACAGAACCCUAUGGAAUGACUACCGCAUCGCCCAGCCUCUCAACGACCGUGUGGUGGAGUCUUCUUUCCUGCCACGCCUUGGGAAAGGAACAUUUUGUCGACAAGAUGAGAUUGAAUCCAAGCUCUUGAAGAUCGAGGGUCUGAUAACAUCUCUUGGAAAGAACAUGCAUUCAGGUGGGGUGCUCAACCACAGGCCCAGAUACGAGCAUCGCGGUUUGUUCCCCUUGGUGCUCGACUUCCAUGAGAGGAAUUCUGGCAGCUACGCCUUGGCCCGCCUCAGCCACCCCAUGGACCUCGAUGCCUUCACUGUCUGCAUGCACGUCCAACCUCAUGUAGAGGGGGUCCACACUGUCAUGUCCUACUCCAGCAAUGGCAAUGAUAACGAACUGAUGAUUUCCAUCACUGAGGACAGAACUGGCAGAGAAGUUGGACUCUGGAUUGGCAAUGAGUUCGUCAACCUGCCGCACAACUUCAGGACCCAGGACUGGGCCAACUACUGCAUCACCUGGUCGUCCCACACCGGCGGCGCAGAGUUGUGGAUCAAUGGCAUGGUAGGCGAGCAGCGGUACUUGAAGAGCGGUUACACAAUCAGCCCCAGUGGUGUGUUCAUCCUGGGCAGAGACCAGGAUGGGUUACUGGGCAUCUCCAAUGCAGACGCCUUUGUUGGUAAGAUGACAGAUGUCAACCUGUGGGACUACGUGCUGACCACAGCAGAUAUCCGGGACCAGAUGUCAUGUGAGAGGAAUGGCACCACAGUGGGAAAUGUGCUCAGCUGGGGAACCACCAAGCUGAGCCUGUAUGGAGGGGUGCAGCUGGACAGUCAGUACAGAUGCCCCUGAAAAGGCUCAGCUGCUUCUGUUUUUUAUGAGCUUUAACAUGCUGCAAUAAACCAAAAAUU